AACUUUCUGUGUUGUACUCUACUGAACUACGCACACACACAUGUUCACACCUUCAUUCCCUCAAACCUCACUUGUUAAAUCUACUCCACUUUCUUCACACUGGACCCCACUCCACCCAUCAUAAAUAUAUCUAUUCAUUUUACCGUUAAAUUCCUCCUCCUCCUUCUUCUUCUUCCUCUUCACAUACAAACUUCAUCAAUGGCUCCACAAAAACUCUCCAGUUUCUUCCUUAUCUUCCUUGUUUUAUUGCAAUCCCUUUCUUCUGCAGAUUCGCAGGCUUUUAUCGGUGUAAACUACGGCCAAAUUGCCGACAACCUCCCGCCGCCGGCGGAGACGGUGAAACUCAUUCAAUCGACGAGCAUUCAGAAGGUGAGGUUGUACGGAGCGGAUCCGGCUAUCAUAAAAGCGUUGGCGAAUACCGGGAUCGGGAUUGUGAUCGGUGCUUCCAACGGAGAUAUUCCGGCGCUUGCCGCCGAUCCAAAUUUCGCCGGACAAUGGGUUAAUAACAAUAUUUUGGCGUACUAUCCGGCGAGUAAAAUAAUUGUGGUGAAUGUGGGUAACGAAGUCGUGACCUCAGGAGAUCAGAACCUUAUUCCCAAACUAUUGCCCGCCAUGCAAAAUGUCCAAAACGCCCUCAACGCUGCUUCCCUUGGUGGUAGAAUCAAGGUAUCAACGGUACACGCCAUGUCCAUUUUGUCCCAGUCCGACCCGCCUUCUUCCGGGUUAUUCAGUCCAGUAUUUGGGGACUCACUGAAAGCUCUGCUGCAAUUUCACAAGGAAAAUGGUUCGCCUUUGAUGAUCAAUCCAUACCCAUUCUUUGCAUACCAGAGUGAUCCUAGACCUGAAACCUUGGCAUUCUGUCUCUUCCAACCAAAUGCUGGCCGGGUCGAUUCAGGCAACGGUAUCAAAUACAUGAAUAUGUUUGACGCACAGGUUGACGCCGUACGUUCAGCCCUGAAUGCGUGGGGAUUUAAGGAAAUUCAAAUUGUGGUUGCAGAGACAGGGUGGCCAUACAAGGGAGAUCCAAAUGAAGUAGGCCCAAGUAUGGAUAAUGCAAAAGCUUAUAACGGUAACUUGAUAAACCACUUGAGGUCUAUGGUUGGCACUCCAUUGAUGCCUGGAAUAUCAGUCGAUACCUAUAUCUUUGCUCUCUAUGAUGAGGAUUUGAAGCCUGGGCCUGGCUCGGAACGCUCCUUUGGACUUUUCAAGCCUGAUCUUUCCACGACUUAUGAUGCUGGCCUCUCAAAAAAUUCCCAGACUCCUACAGCUCCAGUGACCCCUGCUCCAGCAACACCGACAACUCCAGUAACUCCAGUUACACCAGCACCAAAGCCAACAGGAUCAGCUACUUGGUGCUUGCCAAAGCCAGGAAUUCCUGAUUCUGAAUUACAGUCAAACCUCGACUACGCCUGUAGCAUGGGUAUUGACUGUAGCCCUAUUCAAGAAGGCGGUCCAUGCUUUGAACCAAAUACUGUUGCAUCGCAUGCUGCUUAUGCUAUGAAUGUUAUUUAUCAAACUGCUGGAAGGAAUCCCUGGAACUGCGAUUUCUCUGAGACCGCUUCCCUCACCUCAACAAAUCCUAGUUACAAUGGCUGUACUUAUCCUGGUGGCAACUUAUAACGCAGAGCAUCUAA